AAUGUACAUAAACAGCCGGAAACAAGCGUAUGCGCCGCAAGGUAGUAGUGCUGGGCACUACAACUACCCCCCGGCAGAAAAUGCGCCCUUAAUGAUCGACCCGACAGCGCCUGACUCACCCUUGGAGGUAAUACCUUCCCUGCCUCCGGAGAAUUUCGGGAUGCUGUACGAAGGCGAUGCUGCCUUCCCAGGGUUGGAGUGGAACUUUGUGGACCACGGCGGCAGGGCUUCGUCCUGGGCCAGCAAGGACCUGACUGGACUGCGCCGGCACGGCCCCCUGUCGGUGAAACAGCUGUACGCAGAUUUUGAGGCAAAGAAACAAGAGCCUUGGUUUGGGGAGGAUCGGGCGAUCGCAGUCUACACCAAACAAGCGAAGGAAGCUCUGUUGACAAGGAAGGUAGCUAGGAUGUUGGGGACAAAAACCGAAUACGAUGCUGUCAUCGGUAAAGGGGGAGAUGAGACAGUAUUAAGAUUCGAGCACUCUUUCACCGACGUGGGAAUCUGCCGCUUAAAUUGGCACCUGCUCGCCGCAACGGACCGGAACAACUCGCGGCGGUUGGUGUUUGCCAACUACAGGCACGCCGUGCGGUUUUUUACCGAGCUGCAGCUCUUUCUCAAGUUUGUGCGCGUCAGCCCGGUGGGGGAGGCAUAUUUGAAGAAAAUCAUCUAUCGAGAACAUGAAACUCACACGUCGGAAAUAAAUCCUCUUGCCCGGGACUGCGCGGAGCUGUAUUGAAAGGAAAAACUCCCCCUCCCCAUAUUGACAAGGUAUGUUUCCGAAAAUUUGCGUUGCUGAUUUGAGGUCACAAAUCACAUUUGUCUUGCAAGAAGACAGGGGCAGAAGCUUCCGCCCCAUUAUGGAAGCGAUUUGUCACGCUGUUGGGCCUAAAGGGGAGCCGUUUGCGAUGCUGAACUACUAGACGCAAACGCCCCUACCUAGGCUGGGGAUCUGGCCGCAAUGCCUUCCUGCAAUACACAGCUGAUUUGUGGCCACAAAUCAGCAUCACAAAUUUCCAUUUCGAUAUCGGGAGGGGGGAUUUUUCCUUUCGAUAAGCUGCGGACGGUGUUUAAAAAAGCGCUAACCUUGCCGGAGGCGGUGUGGCCGCACCUGGUUACGGAAGAGCCGAGGUUUAUGAAUACGCAGCACAGCACAACAACUAGUUCAACAGCCUCCGCCAGCGGAGGCACUUCUGCAAGCGGAAUUUCUACUUCUCAGACAAGUGCCGCAGCAUAUGCACGUCGGGGACGAAGUCCUCCGGGCCGCGCCAAGGACCACCCACCUGCGAGCGAAGCCUCCUCUCGGGCGCAACAACAUGAUCCAGCAGGUCCGCACCUCAUGUGGGUCGAUUUCAGGUCCACUGGGGCGGGGGCAGCUCUAGUACCGGAGCCUGCUGGCGGGGCGAAAGAGGAGUUGCUGGCAUGGAUACACGCGAACUGGAAGGAGUUCGACGCCGGUACUAUGAUGUCGACGGUUCUUGCAGGAGCUCCUGCAGCUGCUCGUGGUCCUGAGAUGGCCAGCGGCGCGUCAACCCCGCGGUCGGGUGGUGGAAGCAGAUCUCCCAUAUGCAUUGCAAAUAUGUCUGGGUCUGGAAGGAUGCAGGGUUUGUCAUGCUUGUCUGGCAUGACUGAAGAGCUUGUGAUGCGCGUCCAAGUAGAGACCCUUUUGCUUGUCAUGCAAAAACGCAGUUUGUCAUGCGGAAACCGCAACACUUAGGCACGAGAAUACUUCUCAUGCGUGGCUGUGCAUUACAGAGCAUUCCCUAUUUCCAACUCAGCAUUACAGGUUUCCAGACCCAGACAUAUUUCUAUUUGAUAUCCCAGCACGCGAAGCAUUGGGAGUUCUUUGAGUGGCGCGUUCCGUCGACGCUUUUCUCCUGGCCGUCAGCAGCACGGAGGCUUUUCAUCGUCAACCGGUGGCGACCAGGGAAGUAGAACAACCACACCGCCAAAGGUGACCGCUGCGCAAAUCACCGAUUUUUCGGUAGACGAAGCGGUUGAGUUGCAGAGAGAUUUGCUGGGGAGAAAUGAAAUCGGGGUUUUGCGGUAUGCAGUACGGAGCAGCAGCGGCGACGUCAGGCCAAAUUUAGAAUCGAUCAAAGACACCUUGGGCAACUUUUUGCGCUACGAGGCCACGAGCAAAGACGUUCGACUAGGCUCACCCAUCCGGACUGCACCCUUGCAGCCGCAGCACAGCUCACUUCUUUUUCUGCUCGGAGCAGAGGGCCGCAAGCACCUGCUGGACGAUGUUGAAACGCUAGCAAACAACACUGAGCGGGCUGCUGCGUUCAGUCCGGUAGACCAUCGAACGGACCUUGACACCUACCUGUUGCUACUACUAUCAAGUGCAUAUUAUAUCCCUGAGGGUCUGGAAGAGUGUAACUUGUGAUGCUGCGUUUGGAUUCCAACAAAAUUUGUAUUCCAUGAGCAGGAAAGGGAGUGUAGUUUUCGCUACGCGGUAGUAGGGGUAUUUGUCUUGCGGAAUAAGCAUCAAGAAACCUCCCUCAAAAAAUCUGUGAUGCUACGGCAUGCAUUACAGAUCGAUCAUGGCUCACGCAAAACGUGCGUCACAAGUCUACAGAAUCUUCCAGACAUGAUCCAGGGGUAUUUGCAAGUGAUACCUGCGCAGUUUGAGCAACCUCAUUCCACUGAAGGAGAACAUCCGAAAUGCCGUUCGCGAAUAUCAAAUGCAAAUAUGUCUGGGUCUGGAAGGGUUCGAAUUUGUGAUGCGAAUUCUAGAUCGUGACAAAAUCUGUCACGCAGGGGUUGUUCCCCCGCAGUAGCACAGUCUAAUUACGUCAUGCAAAAGGCCCCGCGUCUUGUUACAGAAAGAUGGGGUUUGUCAUGGGGAUUAGGCAUUGGGAUAGCUCCUCUAAAUCUGUGCUGCUAGGGCUUGUAUGCCAGACGAUCUGGGUCAGGCAAAACCACAUGACAAGUCUCGCACCAGUGUUCCAGGCCCAGAUCGAUAUUUGCAGUUGAUAGCGAAGGUUUUAUUGCAAGUAAAGACAAAGCGGCGAGUGAAGUUAUGAAGGACUUCCUGAAAGAAGCGGGCGACGUGGGGAAGAACCUGCGGGAGCUAGAUGCUAGAUCCGGCGCACAACACAGGGAAGUAGAUGAGCCCGACGCACAAGAACACAGGGAAGAUGAUCGUCCCACGACCCGCAUUGCGCACACGACCCGCAUUGCGCAGGGCUUUCGGCAGCUGCUUUUCCCCGAGGUGCCCGCAGAGUGGUGGAGUCCACCAGCGUCCAGGACGCCGGCAGAUUUGUUCGUGAAAAACGCGUACUAUUACGCGUGGGCGCAACGCGUCGCGUGGGAAGCGCAAGCGGCGGAGGCCACGGGCGUCGCUGCGGAGGCCAGGGGCGGCGCUGCGGUUCCGAUCGUCCACGGGCUCCGGACCGCGAAAGCGGGUCUGCUACGUCUGAUUGGGAAGGACUGCGACGGGGGACUGCUCACCGGAUGCGAUGCGCCCAAAUUCCCGGGGUACCGGCCUGACCACGACGACACGCUAAGUAAGACGAAUACCAAGGUGAAGGAGCGUAUGGGGGUGUCAGGAUUGAAAUCGUCAGAGUUGAAAUAGUUUGUCAUGCAUAAAAUGCAGCCCACAAAGUGCCUGUCUUGCAGAGUAGGCAAGUGAGGAAGAUUGUAAGCCUGCUGGGGAGUUGUAGUAGUAGAAACUGCGCUGCUGAAGUAGCAUGACAAAAGGCGGCUUCCUUACCCAAACAGCAUGAGUGGCUCUACCCAAAUUUGUCAUGCGCCACUUGAAUUCUGGGUUACAACUUUCAUCCAUUUCAUGCAUUACAAGUUCUUUCGACUUUGUCGAUUUCACUCCUGACGCUUCCAUAGAGCAAAAGGACCGCGGCUCCUUCGAUGUGUUGCGGGACGUCAAUCUAGGUGAUGUCUCCAAUGGCCGCGCCGGGAUGGCGCUGUUGGCUUCGCUCCAAAAUGUGGUCCAGCGCCAGGCCGGGAAUAAGCGGCCGGUGAAUCGAGGAAACCGCGACCGCGAUCCCUACGGUCGGUUUUCGUCUCUCUCCGCAGGCGUGCAAAGCACCGCGGACACGUAUGGUGAGCAAAAACGUCCCCGCCCCAGAGUCAAGAUGGGAAAUCUGCUAGACAAAUCGCCAGGCUUUGGCUGUUGCGCAUGACAAUAAACUUGGCCGAGCAAUUUCAUCGUAUUCAGCUAGUGCUGCAACCGCAUCACAAAUCUAGCCUCCUAUGCUGAUUCAAGCAUUACAAAUCUCAAAACACCAGUAGAGAUAAAUGCUUCUCAUGUGAGGUCUCCGCAUGAGAAACAUUCUCAGCAGGCAGAUUUGCAUUACAACUCAGCAGGCAGAUUUGAGUAAAGGAGAUGGAGAAAGAAGAAUAUUUUAGGACUUGUUAAAGUUUUGUGAGUUAGAAGCUGCUGAUGAGAACUCGAUGAGAUUGCUCGAUGAAGAUGUGCGUGAAUAUUGUUGAGAGGAGGCUGCACCCCUGUCGGUCAAGAGAAAGAAGAUGUAAAAAAGAUGAAAAAGAACCUUGUGUCGGUACUGAUGUCGGUGUGAGAGAUUGUCUAUGUUGGUGGGUAGCGCGAGAACGAUUUUAGAAUAUCCAACUGUACAUACGCGCAUCUGCGUGUCGCGCCAUUUGGUUAGACUAACUAGAAUAAACACCUGCCAACUAAGACGAUCGACCACGUGUGCUAAUGCCAACAAGGUUCGAAGGUCUACGAAGGAGGAUCAAGAUCGUAGUGCAUGCUAAGGGUGCAGUCUUCAGCUCUCCUGAUGUGUCUAUCGAUUUGGAAAGUUCAAAAAUACAAAGAAAAAUGAAAAAAAAAGAAGCAGGGAACAGGAACAGGGUGAUUGAAAGUAAUGUUCUAAGUGCGCAGACAUAUAAAUUUGAGAAGUCGGAUAGUAGUGAUGGCAAAGUGGUUAGAGAAGAGGUGGCUUUGAGUAGUGAUAUAUGAGUAAGUGCCUAUCACCGGUUAGCUUCUAGGGUUUAUACCUUUAUCGCUCAUAGGUUGCAUUGUCCGUAUCUACAUCCUGUUGCACCUUUCAACUUCAAUACACAGAGUCUACAUCUAGUUCCUAUCUUCAUCUUCUUUCGAUUGCCAAUAGAUCUAGUACCCUGCCUGAAAAAUCAAGAUUACUAGUCUAGGAAGAAAGACGCAUGGUCUCCCCAGUCGUUUCGCAAACCCAGCCACGUGGCGGGGCAGCUGUUUCGUCCUCUCUUCUUAUUGCAAAAGGUGAGAUUGACGACAUCCCCGGGCACCCGUGACGCAUUCAGCAAUCCUAUGUCAAAGGCAUGACAAUCUCCUCUAAAGAAGUAAUCUUGUCAUGCAAAAGAAGAACAUGCGGCAGUAACCAAAGUGGAAUUUCGAAAAUGUAUGAGUGGCAAAAUACGCAAGAGGAUGUUGGUUUAGUCAUGGAGCAACAAAUAAAACAAAUGAUAUGUGAGCGGCUCCUGCAGCCCUGAGAAAUAGGAAAGACAAAAAAAAAUGAAAAAGAAAGAAUGACAUUGGAUUGCCAAGGAUGCGUACAGAGUGCAAACUAUGAGAAAAGGAAUAUACACUGAAACUCGAAGGGAGCUGAGGCUAUUCAGGAUCAAAAUGCAUUUUGUUGCCCCAUUCUCCACUCUAUGUCUAUGUCUGUGUACCCGCGAGUGGUUUUAUCUUUCUCUGAAUUUGCGGAAGAUGAAGAUAUGUAGCAAAUUUGUAGACCAAGCAGAAGAGAAAGAUAAAAAAGAAGUAAGAAUGAAUAGUCUCAGCCAUACUUCAGCGCUUUUCAGUGCCACUUGUAGACCCGGAAUAUGCUCAAGUGCCAACAGGGCGAGAGCCCUGCAAGAUCGGGCGACGUGAGUAAGUGCAGACGGGAAAAACGCCAAAGAUACCCGCGCCUUCUGCUUAACUGUGUGAAAUAUUGUGUCGGCCCGGUUCUGCUCAGACAGGCUGGAUCCCGUAGAUCAGAUUUCACAUGUUAAGUAACGCACACCGGCCUCCUAGCAAAAAAUUAAUGAUGAAUUUAUAUGAGAAAGAGGGGCCUAAUCAAAAAAAAAAAAAGAUUUGCAUUACAACUCUGGGGCGUGCUGGACGUUUUUCCAAAUGAUAACACGCCCAGCGAGCUCACGCUGAAGACGGUGCAGCGGGUGGAGAACCCCGCCCUGUGGUCGCAGUACCUGGUGUCGCUGCGACGUGGUCGGGGGCAUCAACAUGAUUCGGGCUCGUCGCUCGGCGGGUCAUCUGCCACGGCCCGUUUAGGGGAAGCUCCACUUCUUCCGGAGAUAUCAAAUGCAAAAGUGUCUGGGUCUGGAAGGAUGCAAGGUUUGCCAUGCACAUUUUGCAUGACUCUUGAUGUCUGCGAUGCAUGCCCUAGCAUCACAGAUCUUGUGAGGGCUUUCUGAUGACUAUACCGCAUGAGAAAAGCCCUCUCGCCGUGGCCAAAACCAGACCUCUUUUGCUGUUAAUGCAAUACAGAUUUUUAGAUAAUGCAGACGCAGCAUCACAAGUUGCAUUCUUCCAGACCCACACACUUUUACAUUUGAUAGGAGAAGGAAGAAGCCGAUAAGGAGGCGUUCUCGCUCGCCAUGAUAGACCUGCACUGGGACCGGGAAACGGUGCUGUUUCAAGGCGUCAAUCCGGAGACUGCCUACACCAUCGCGACUUCGGGCCCGAACGUGAGUAAGUAG